AUGUUGAAUAAGUUUUCAACUUAGAUGAUGAGAAACCAAAUUUUUAAUGUCAUAAAUGAUGAAUAUAUAGAAAUUCCUUAAAAAUGGAUGGAUACAUUAGAAAAUCUAAUGUAUAGAAUGUUGAUUUAAAAAAUAAUUACAUCAAUAAAUAUUUAUACUCUAAGAGGAGGAGGAUCAAUGUGUUCCUCAAAAGCUAAAUCAGAUUAGUAUAAGAUAAUCAAUUAAUUACCUAAUAAUUUUUGUUAGAACAUCAAACAUUUUACUAAUGUGAUUGUUGAAAAGGCUAUGCUAUUUCAUGAUAAAUUUAAUUAAGAUGAAAUAAUAUGUGCUUUUAUGUGGUUUCAUAAUAACUAAGAAUAUCUGCAAAGCCUUUGCAUAAAUUAAGGAUCUAAUUUAGAACAUUAUGAUAUUGUUGAGAUAACUUUAGAUUUACUGGUGAAAUAAUUAACAAUUUAUUUGAAGCUUUCUGGAUAUCUAUUGCAUUCUUUACUUUAGAUAUGUAAUGAUUUACUAAGAGUUAUUUUUUAUUAUUAAAAAAUGAACCCAGAUAGAUAUAUGCAAGUUAUUUUAAAAGAUAAAUUCUUGAGUUAAAUUUCAGAAUUAGAAGAACAAAUUAAAAUAGAAUCUAAUAAUAUUUGGGUAAAUGGCAUAGAUUUUGAACUUUAAAUGAUAAAAAUAUGUCUUACACAUUGUCGUACUAAUUCAUAAGAAGGUUAAAAAUUAGCAAUGAAUAUUUUAUCAGGAAUUGUCACUUCGAUAUCUUAAUUAAAACCAAGUUAAGAAUUGAUUGAUUCUUUAGUUGAAGCUGGAAAAUAUUUGCUACUAAAUUUUUAUGAUAAGUAAAUAAAGAAUCCUUUAUAAAUUUAUGAAUUAUAUUUCUUUUUUCAAAAUUUAAAAUGGACAAUUCUCAAUUAAUUGAAAUCAGGAUAUUCAGUUCAAAAAACUAUAAUGUAAUUUAAUGAUGCAUAUAAUUAAUAUAUUAGAAAAUCUUAAAAUUGGAUAGUUCAUUAUUGCUGGAUUAAUUUAAUUUCAGAGUUAAUGUCUUAUAGAAUAAUUAUUAGUAAAAGCCAAAUGAAGUUUUUGCUUGAUUAAUUUUCAGGUACUUAAAUUACCCUUGUAUCCCUUUUUGAAUCAAAUCAUAUUACACCAAUACCAUAUGAUAAACAAUAAGUUAAAGUCAAAAUUUUUGAUAAUCAAAAUUUAAAUUUAAAAGAUUUUGCUUGCCUUAAAUUGUUUUAAGAGUACUUAAUCAAUGAAUAAGAGAAGAAAAUUUAGUUGUUGCCAGACUAUACUAAUUUUGAAUUUGAUUCAUCAUCAAAGAAUCCAAAUAAUAUCUUAGAUUUAUAUAUUACUCUUAUUCUUAAUGAAGAUAACAUUGAUUUACUUUUAUCUUUAAAUUGUCAAAUUAAAAAAUGUAAAGUUUAACUAAAACAAAACUUUGAAUAAAUAACAAAUUAAAUCUCUUUAACUUUCUUAAAACAAAAUUCAUAACAAGAUUUUAAAAUAUGCUUAUAGGAUUUAUAAUAUUUAAUUAAUUAAUAAAAAUAGUAAAGUUUAUAAUUGUUGUAUUUAUUUUAUGAAAUAGAUAUUGCUAGAAUAAAAGAAAUUUUAAAUCUUAAAGCUUUUGAGCAGAUUGUAAAAUAUUAUUCUCUAAAUUAAAGAAAUAAUAAAGAAAAUAUAUAAAUUCCUAACUCUGAUGAAUUGGAGAAAGAAUGUUAAAUGUCAUUUGUUUAAAAUUUAGUUAAAAUACCAAAAUUAUGGAUAAUAAUUUCAAAGAUUCUAUGUAUGUAUUCAGAGGAUAUUUUUGACAUGAAUAUUUAUUAGAAGUUAAAUAAAGAAUCUAUAUCUAAUAUAUUAAAAGAUUUUGAGUAAUUACUUUUGAUAGUAUAAGAUACAGAUUUGUACUUGGAUAGUUUUGUAAUUAAAAUUAAAAAGGCAAAAAAAGGUUUUCAAAAUAUUUUUAUAUCAAAUAAUAUUAAUUCAUCAUUCUAAGAAAAAACUUCUUAAAGGGAUUUGUGGGAAAAUAUCAUCAAAAUUUAUAAUUCUUCUUUAAUAAAAAGUUUAAUUUCUGAAAUACACUCUUAUCACACUCAAAAUUGGAAGAAUAACAUUUGGAAGUUUGAAACUCUUUAAGACUUUGAGAAUAAUUUAGUGAAAUGCAUUGAAAUACGAGAUUUAUUUAAAGGAUUAAAAAAAUUAUUUAGGAUCCAUUAAAGUAAAUUAUUUUUGCUUUAAUAUGAAAAUAUUGUUCAAAAAAUUUCCUCGGAAAAUGAUAUGUAAAGUGAAAAUGAGAAAGAUGAUGAGCGCAUACAAGAAAUUAAAAUUCAAAAUUUAAUAUUUGAAUUAAAAUCCUAAUUAAAAAUUUUCUUUGAAAAGUAUCCGAAGAUUGAUAUUACAAAAGAAGAACUUAAAGAAUUAAAUGGAAUUGAAAAAGCAAUAUAGUUUAAUCUGCUUGAAAUUCAAUAAAAAAAUUGGUCAUAAGAAAGAAAAUUAUUAUGCAUAAUGACUUUUUAAAAAAUCCUAAACUAAAUAUCAUUAUUAGGAUUAUGUAAAGUUGAUAAAUAAAUAUUAAAAUAAGAUAUCUUUUAACUAUUAGAUAAUUAUCUAUAAAAAUCAAAUAGCAUAGAUCAAUCUUCAAUUUAGAUUAACUUUGAGAAUAAGAAAUAAUAAGAAUUUCAACAUUUACACUAAAGUAAGAAUUUUAAAUAAUAAAAUUACUUUGAUUUUGAAAAAGUGACUUCGCAAUUAAAUGAGAUUAUCUAUAAGACAAAAAAAAUAAAAUAAAUAAUAAUAUAAAAUCGUAAUUAUCAAAUUUGGAUUACUUAAGUUUCUGAUUAAUUAUUAAAACAAAUAUAAUAAGAAGAUUUUUAAGGAAAUAUUAAAGAAAUAAUUUUUGAAACAUUAAUAUCUAUUGAACUUUUUUUAAGUUCUAUUAUAGAACAAGAAUAAUUUGUUUUCAAUAAAGAUAAAUUUACUUAAGCUUCUUUGAAUUUGAAUAUUGAUUUAAUAGCUGCUAACCUCAUUCUUUUGAAUCAAAAUUCUAUUUUAUAAGAUCCAUAAUUAAAUUAAAUGGAAAAUGUAAAAUGUGAUAAAAUUUAUUAUUAAUUGCUUACUAAUUUAGAAAAUACAUCUACAAUUUAAAAGGAAUGGGGAUUUUAGGAUAUUUUUGAAAAUUCUUCUUAUAAAGUUAGAGAAGUUUUAGUCUAUAACCUCAUUAAAAUGUAAGCUUAAGUUUAAGAAUCAUAGAUAUAAACAUUUUGCACAAAUUUAAUAAAAAAGAUAUGGAUAUACGAAAAGCAUCCUAAUGUAAGAAACUUAUUAAAAAACAAAGAAUUGAUGGAAAUAUAAAAGAAAAUGUUUUCACAUAAUCUUAUGACAUUUUAACAGAGAUUAAAAUUAGAAAUUUAAACUAUGCUUAAGAAUAUAGAGUUACUUGAAAAUUCAGUUCUUACUGAAAAUUCACCUUAAAUGAAAAAUUAGUUAUAGUAAGCGAUAGAUGAAUUUGAAAUAUAUUUUGAUAAUAUCACUGAUAUGUCUUAAAGAUUAGAUAUCAAUCUAAUUUUUUUAAAGGAAAUAAGUAAAGAUUUAAAAAGUCUGAAAAGUUCAAUAGAUUUAGUUUUAAAAAAUCUAAAUGGAAUAGUUAAUGAUAUUAGAAAAUUAAGAGGAAAAAACUAUUUUGAAUUAUUCUUAAUUCGAAAAGAUUAUAUAUUAAAAUAAAAAAUGUAAAAUGAAAUAGAUUAGGUUCAUAUAUAACUGUAAACAUAAGAAUAUGAUCCUAUAAGUGGUAGCAAAUUAUAAAAUAAUUCAGGAGGCUUUACUUCAUAUCUUUUAUAAUAUUAAUAUGAUAAUUUUGUUGGAGAAGUAAAUGAAUUUUUAUGGAAUAAAAAAGAAAGAAGAAAAGAUGUAAUGUUACUCAAAGGAAAGGCAGGUUCUGGAAAAAGUAGAGCUUCUAUAAAUAUAGAAGAAUUAUUAUGGAAUUUUGAUUAGAUAGAACCAAAAUGGAUACCAAUUUAUAUAUCAUUACCAUCAGUUAAAGAUCCUUAGCAUAAUCUUAUAGAAUAAGGAUUAUAAUCAGAGAAUUAUAAUUUUGAUGGUAUAUAGAUCAGAGAAUUGAAAGAAGCUGUUAUUGCAGGUAAUUUGAAUAUAGUUUUGAUUCUAGAAAGCUAUGAUGAAAUGAAAUUAGAUUGCUAAAGAAUAAAUCUUUAUACUUCAAAUAGGUUAGUUAAAGAUCUUAAUAUAAAAGAAUCUGGUUAAAAUGUCAAAAUUAUAAUAACAACUAGAGAUGAGAUUUUAACAUCUAUAGGAUAUUAAACCUGGUUUUAUGGUAAAUCUUUAGAUACAUUAAAAGAAGUUGAAUUAUUACCUUUUUCAUCUGAAUAGAGUUCAGAAUAUUUGUCACUCUAUUCAGAAAUCAGUGUAAAGAGAACAAUAAAGAGAUUCUAUGAAUUUUUAAAGUAAUUAAAAGGAUAAAACUUUUCUUAUGUUUAAUUUAAAACACUUUGGUGUUAAUUAGAAGAAGAUAUUUAAUAAAUAUUAUUAUGUAAUCAAAACCAAUAAAUGUUGUUUUCUAUUUAAGAUGCAGAAAAAAUUAUUUAAAAAAUUUAAAAUGUUGAAUUUUUUAAUCUUUUCUAACCAGAUUUAAUUAAUUCAUUAAUUAAAGAUUUGAUCUAAUUGUGGAGUAAACAUAAAUUUUUGUAAAUUAUCAACAACAUAAAUAUUGGAAAUUUACUUAAUACUCCUUUUAUGUUAGAGAUAAUUGUUUAUGUUUUACCUAAAAUGUCUUUGUAGUUUUCAUAAGCGAGUUUUAUGAGAGACAUCUUAAAAAUAAAUUAUAAUAUAUUAAAAAAGGAAUCCCUUAAAUCUAUUAAUUUAGUCACUAAAUAUCUCCAACUUAAAGAUACACAACAAGAUUCUUUAAAAUAAAAUGAAAAUUUUGAUUGCACAAAAUCUAAUUAAAAAUUAAAAGACUUUGAUAAUAAAGAAAUAUCUGAAUUACUUAAAAGUUUAUUAGAAGAAUUGGAAAAUUAAAAUUUUUUUGAAUAGCAUUCCAUUGCUCAUUAAUUAGAGUUAUAAAAUAAUUAAAUUAUAAGUUAGAAUAAAAAGUUUAAUGUAAAAUUUGAUGCUUAAUUUAUAGUUGGAGCGUUUAAAAUGAAUUAAUAAACUGCAUUUGAUUUUUAUAAUGUAUUUGUAGAUUUUUAUCAUGCAUAAUAAAUAUAGAAAUGGAUGGAUUUAGGAAAAGCUAUCAAUUAUGAAAGUUUUAUGAUUGAUUUAAAAGAUUUUUCUACAAAUUUAGCUAUUGAUAUGUCAAUAAGACAACUUACUUAGGUAAAUUAUCAAUAAAAAGGAAAAUUAAUUUUAUAAUAAGUAAUAUACAACAAAAAUAUACACAAUUCUUGGGAAGAUUGUUAUUUUAGCGAAAACGAAUAAGAUUCAGAUUAUAAGGGAUUAUUAAGAAAAUGUAUGUUAAUAUGUUCAAAGGGUAAUUAAUUUGCUUUUAAUCAUAAAUCAAUAUAAGAAUUUUUUGUAGCAAAUUAUAUUCUUAAUUUUUUAGAAAAAGCAAUUGAAAUAGAUUUUAAAAUCAACCAAGAAGAAUUACUGUAGAGUUUAUUUAAUAAAAAUGAUUUUAAUUUAUCAUUAGAUUAAUACUAAGGUACUUUAGAAUUAUUAAAACCUAAACUAAAAUUGCUUUCGAAUAUUAAAUAAAGAUUAAUUGAAAUAAUUAAUUUCUAAAAAAUAGUAUAAAAUUCAUAAUAAUAAAUUGAAUUUAUUAGAGCACCAUCAAAUUCAUUUUAUUUAUUGAGUUGUUUAGGAGAAUAUUUAGAAGAAUAAAACUUUAGUAAACUUUAAAUUUCUAAUACUAAAUUAAAUGGUUUAAGUUUAUUUAAAUGUAAUUUAAAUAAUACUAUUUUUGAUAAUGUUUCUAUUGAUUCUUGUAACUUUUCAUGUUCAACAAUAGAAAAUGCAAAUUGGACAAAUUUACUUUGCAAAGAGAAACCGUCUUUGAUUGGCCAUAAUAAGAAUGUUGUUUCAUUAAAUUUUAAUACUGCAGGUUCCUCUUUAAUAACUGGAAGUAUAGAUGGAAUGAUAAAAAUUUGGCCAAUAUAUCAAGAUUAAGAACCAUUAAGUUUAAGUUUUGAAAAUGAGCAAAUUUAUUCUUUGUCUUAUGUAGAAACUCAUAAUAAAAUAGCAUGUUUAACAAAUAAUGAAUUAAAAAUUUUAAACUCAAAAGAUUUGAGUUUCUUUAAUCAUCGAAAAUUUUAUAAUUACGAAUAUGAAAGGAUUAAUGUGUCUCCUGAUUUUAAUUACAUUGCAGUAAUUUAAGGAGUUUGGAAAAAUUAAGUAUUAUUCAUUUUGGAAAUGAAAAAUUUAACAGAAAUAUAAAAUUAAGGGGAUAUUCAUUAAAUCUAAAAUUCAAGCCUUAUAUAAUGUAUUGCUUUAUCAUAUGAUUAAAAAAUCCUUGCCGUAGGAGGUUAGGAAAUUUCAUUUUGGAAUGUCACAAAUAUAAUUAAUAUCUAAAAAAUAGCAGAUUUAAAAAUAGAACUAAAAAAGAAGCCUUUAAUUAAGUUUUCUUCAAACAAUGAACUUUUAGCUACUUAUGAUGAAGAUGAUAAUGCAAUUCAAUUUUGGAGAAUUAAGGAUUUAAACAAUAUUGUAUGGCUAAAUUCUUUUGGUAACUCUCAACCAGUAGCAUAAAUGGAAUUCUUAGAGAACAAUAAAUAUUUUGUUAUUAGAACAUAUUAAGUAAUUAUAUGUGAUUUAUUAAAAUUAUUAGAAGAUUAAGAAGCUAUUUCCUAAUAAUUUUCUAUAAAUUUUAAAGAAAUUGCAUUAUCUCCUAAUAGCCAAACUUUAGCUUGUAUUGAGGAAACUUUCAAAUCAAGUUUAAAACUUUUUGAUAUUUAAGAUAUAUAAAAUAUAAAACAGAUUGGCGUUUUAAUUGAAAAUAUGGAAUAAUUAUAAUUAUUGAGAUUUUCUUUUGAUGGCAUAUUUUUAAUCUGCUGUAAAAGUAAGGAAAUAUUAAUAUGGAAUGUAAGUUAGUAAUAAUUGUAAAAUGCUAUAGUAGUUCCAUAAGAUAAAAUUAUAGAUAUUAUUAUUUCUUAAGAUCAAAAAACUUUAAUAUCAUGUAGUUUAAAUUAGAUAUUAAUAAUCUCAGAUGUUUUUGAAAUGAAUUAUUCGAAUUAGUUUAAAAUAAUUGAUAUCAAUUUUAAUUGCUAAGGAGUAAAUUUCUGGAAUAAUACAAUAAUAGCAAUAUUUGGUUAAAAUAAUGAAGCAUCAAUUAUUUAAAUCUUCGAUUUGUAACAAUAAAAAAUUCUAGAUUAAAUUUCAAAGGAUGAAAUGGUGCAAAAUGUAUACUUUAUCAAUUAAUAUUCUAUGGUUACAUUAGGUGAAAGUUGUAGAAUUUACAAUAGUUAUGGUGAUAAGAUUAAUUUUAAAGAAAGUAAAAAUUUUUAAAUAAAAGGACAAUAUUCUAAAUUUUAUCCAAAUAAUAAAUAUUUGUUGAUAUAUGAUUUUGAUUUCAUUUUCAUUAUUGAUACUGAUAGUUUACAUUUUCAUAAAAUCAAGGUGUAAAGUAAAUCCAAAUUAUAUGAAUUAUCCUCAAAUUUAAAGUUCUUAGUUUCUAUUACAACAAUUGGUAUUGAAAUCAAGUUGAUAGACAAAUUAAUUGAAUCUAAGUAAAUUUGGAAAUAUUAAGCUAAUGAUUUUUCAAUUUCGAGCAAUUAAUCCUUGAUAGCAUUACCUCUAGAAAAUAGUAUAAUAAUAAGAAAUUUAAACUUUAGUGAUAAUGUUUAAGCUUUUUAUAUAAGAGAUGAAGCUCAAAAUGAUUAUGAUAAAAACUUAUAGGUUUGUUUGCAAAGUAAGACUAAAUCUUGA